UUCCACUCCAGCUAACAGAAGAGAAAAAUGAGAGAAAAAUCCAUAGCUGAAGUUGAGAAAAAGCACAAAGCCACGACGAUUGGCAGGAGCAGCACAUUCUUUUAAAGAUGAAUCAAAGGUGUAAAAAGAAAGCAAGAAAGAAAAGCUUCUUUCAUUAUUCUACUCUUUACGUAUCUCACUGAGGACAUGGUCGUGGCGUUUAUCUGUCAGAAUACUGUUGCAAAGUUGGCUUUGCACUUUUUUGUAUAGUGGCUACUUCUCAAGGAAAUUUUUGAUAUAUGAAAAUAGAAAAUGUAGAAUGGUUGUUUGCUGUCUCUUUCAGCUGUGUAAUACAUUUUCUUUAUGGGUUUUACGCAUUUGAUCUUUUCAUAUCAAAAUAAAGUUUCCUAUCUAAGUAAAGUUUUUAGAUGAGAUAUUCAUAUACUGUAAUGUGGUAUUAGUCUAAUGUGGAACAGAGUAGGCAGAGGUUCUCAGUUGGAGGCUCACUACCACUCAUUAACAAAAUAAUUUCACAUGUUUGGCUAGAGAAAAGAAGGCAGGUACGUACGUGAGGAGACAUGUUACUGACCUAAGGUUUCAUUGGAAAAUCAUGAAUCUAUGGGUGUGGAAUUGAUACUGCAGACAUAGCCGGAUCUAGGAUUCGAACUCUACGAGUUCAACCUCCAAAAUUCUUAACAUUGAACAUAUUAUAUUUUAAAAGCUAUAGGUUUAUAUUUACUAGUUUUGGUAGAUUUUUACCCAUAAAUUUAUAUUCCGUGUCCAAAAUACUGGAUUUAGUUGAACCCGGCACUCCUACGCUGCAUCCGCCCCUAACUGCAGAAGCUAGCGUUGACUGAAAAAUAGUAGAAUUAGUUAUUUGAAAUGGAAGAGCGUAUGAAGAAGUAUAGGCAAUUGAGUCCAGAGAGAGCUAAAGUGUGGACAGAGAAAUCGCCCAAAUAUGUGCAGCAGCAGCCCCAGAAGAAUGAUGGCAAAGUGCCAGUGGUAUAUUAUCUAUAUAGAAAUCAACGGCUUGAGCAUCCUCAUUUCAUGGAAGUACCCCUGUCUUCACCUGAUGGCCUACACUUGAGAGAUGUAAUCGAGAGGUUUAACGUUUUGAGAGGCAGAGGAAUGGCUUCGUUGUACUCUUGGUCCUGUAAGAGAAGCUACAAGAAUAGAUUUGUGUGGCAUGAUCUUUGUGAAGAUGACCUAAUUCUUCCUGCUCAUGGUAAUGAAUAUGUUCUCAAAGGCUCAGAGCUUUGUGAAGAAUCCAAUUCAGGUCACUGCAGUCCAGCGAAAAACGAGAGACUGUCAAAUCCGAAAGUAUUACCAGAACCUCCAUCCUCUAGAAGCCAAGAUAAUUCCUCUCCUUUGUCUAGCACAUGUGCGAAGAAUUCUUGUAAAGGUGAACCAUCAGUUCCAAUUCCAGGUUCUUUGGAUGUAACCGCAGAGUCCAGUUCUGUUAAAUGUUCUUCGUGUAAUGGUUCGUUAAGGUUGAAAGAGAACAAGAUCAAUAAUACUGUUGGCCUGGCUGAUGCUUCCACUCAAAAUCAGGAAAAUGGAAGCAGAAAAGGUGUUUCAAUGACAAAUGAGUCUGCAGAUAUAUGUAGGGCCAGCGAUGGUGGUAGAUCAGAUACCUUGAUAUCUCUCAUCAGAUCGGAUGUGAGCAAGCUCAGCAGCUUUAAGACACUUGCCAGCAAAGAGGGUCGGGGUUCAUCAGCAAAACUAAAGCCUUCGAAUAUGCUAAUGCAACUAAUCUCUUGUGGAUCAAUUUCAGUGGAGGAUCAUAGAUUUGGCCUUAUACAUACAUACAAACCAAGAUUAAGUUUAGGGAAGCUUGAUUGCCUGACAAGGAAUCAGAGGUUAAUGGGGUUGGAAAAUGAGGAAUAUUUCUGUGGAAGCUGGAUGGAACCUACUAUCCCCAAGGAACGAGUGCCUGCCUUAAAGCGAUCAUGUUUCACUGCAGAGAGGAGUAAUGGAGACGCAGUUGAAGAUAAAAAGGAGCCGAGCUCCACAUGCUCAAAAUGCAAUGGACAUUCUACCAAGGCUUCCCUGAAUAAUCUGCCAAACAAUGAGUCAAUUAGAUCCCCUCUUUCUGAAAGUCCAAGAACCUCAUCUGAAGGAGUAGACAUUUCAAGAACGAUUUCUUCUGGCAUAUCCACAAGCGGAAGUAAACGAAUCACAGAGCCUUUCCGAGAGAGAAACAUUCCAAAGGGAUAGACUCUUGUAGAAAUGAGAAAGAAAAUGGGAUACAAAUUGAAGAAAGGUAAGUUUUGGCUAACUAAACAUAUACUAAUUUGCUUGAUCGCGAGUUGUUUAGGUUGUGUUUCAUUUGUUUCUAACAGACUUGCUUCCGGAGCUUAAAUUAUAAUACUCUAAAACUCCCUUAAACUAUCCAACUUUUGUUAGUUCCUACUGUAACUAUUCAGUGUUACGAAAACUCCCAGAACCAUAUUCUCCUUCAUACUAAAACCCCCUCGUCAUAUUGUUUGAGCUGUUUUUAGUACACGUUCUUAAUUAGUAAAACAAAUGCUAUGUGGCACGACGCGUGUCUAUAUAACUUUGCUUAAUGUAAAAACGUGUUUAAUUAUUAUUCUGUUUUCUUUUUCUAAUUAUUCUUUUCUUUUUCCUUUUAUUUUGUUUCUUCUUUUCUUUUUUUCUUCUAUAACCCUACGUUUCCCAGCAAAGAACAUGAGUUUG